GCCGCGCUAGUACAUCCCCUGCCGUCGCGGAGUGCGCACGUAGCCGCCGUUAAUGCAACCGCCGCUGCGCUCGCCGUGCGGUCCCGUCCCGCUGAAAUUAUGACUUUUGGACCGUUCUCAGGCGAAGAAGGCAGCGCCAGAUCACUCGUUCCGGAGCGGGUGUUGAGGAUAGUGUCCAGGUACUGGGAGGUCGCCGGCAGUGUGCCCGCCGCCAGGCCCCGGUCCUCGUCUCCACACGAGCUGCUCCUCAUCUCCCCAUUCGGACUCUUAUAAAAACUUAAACCUAAAAAUAAUAAACUUUGAAAAAUUUUUUGCGAACAUCAGUCGCUAGUGUUAAGUGCAAUACGUGAACUGUGUUUUGUGUUUAGUUUCUGGGGAUUUUAUUUUUUUUUAUUUGGAUAAACGCAAAAUGGUGCCCCAGCAAGUUUCUGAAGUGAGGUCUUUGACGCCCACGUCGAGCGGCGUACCGGUGUUCGGUUCGCAACUGGUCGACAAGAAUUCUUCUACACCAUAUACUGAUGCCACUCAGACGAAGAAGAACAAUCCCAAUCACAUAAAGAGGCCGAUGAACGCGUUCAUGGUGUGGUCGCAGAUCGAGCGCAGAAAAAUAUGCGAGCAGACGCCUGAUAUGCACAACGCCGAGAUCUCGAAGAACCUGGGCCGCCUGUGGAAGACGCUCAACGAUGAAGCGCGGCAGCCGUUCAUCGAUGAGGCGGAACGUCUGCGACAGCUGCACAUGCGCGAGUACCCCGACUACAAGUACCGGCCGCGCAAGAAGACCGGCAAGCCCGCGCAACGCACUGGCGCCGUCACCAAACAGAAGCGCAAGCAGCGCGCCGACUCCAACAACAACCGGGGAAGCGGCCGGCGACGACCGCGGCCUGCACCAACAGCACCCACCGUGCUCGGCGCGCCCGGUCUGCCCGGUCCGCCCGGCCUACCCGGCCUGCCCGGUGAUACGCCUGCACCACCGCCGCUGCCCGCCUCCCCCGCCUGCGCACCCGACUCGCCCGAGUCCGCGUGUUUCUACGACGACAGCACGCGGCGCGAGCAGGCCGACCUAACGGAUCUGUACUCGAUUACGGACCUGCUGCCGCUGCCUGCGGACUGCGAGGUGGACCUAGACGCGCUCACGACCGACAUGGAGUCGUUCGAGACAGCGUCCUCGUCGUCGGGUUCACACUUCGAGUUCUCGUGCACGCCGGACGUGUCAGACAUGCUGAGCGAGAUCGGCGUGGCGGGCGAUUGGGUGGACCACACGUUCUCAUCAUACUUGACGUAAUGCCGGCGCGGUGCCGGGCGCGCUGCCGGGCGCGGCCGCCACUCCCCUGAUCUCAUUGCCGAGCCGCCGCACGGGGCCGCACGGGGCAGCAAGGGCCGCUCCGCGCACGCUCGCCGCCCGCUCGUCACCCGCUCGCCGCCCGCCUAGAGAGUGCCUACAUCCAAAAUCAUGUGUCGACUUUUGGAUUUAAUGUACAAAGUUAUUUAAUAAGGUUCGAGGGUGAAAUUUUUUAAGUUUGUCGACCGGUCGCCGGCGACCGCAUUCUUCCUCGGUUCCCUUGUUUUCUCGAUGAGUGUCUGUAGAGCGCUGCGACGCGUGUGCGCCGAGGACGAGAAGCGAAGAGUUUUCUUUUAUACAUAGGCUGUGAGUUAAUUCUUUUUACGGUGUUGUUUUCGUUGAAUUACGUUCGACACGAACACGAUCGGUUCGAUUUCCGAAGGGCACGUCUCGGACGCAUCUCAGUAAACGAUCCGUCUCAUCUGUCCGUCGCCGGCCACCCGGCCCAGUCGAGUCUCGCCCCGCGCCCCGCGCCCUUUUCUCUACGUGUACAUUACUCGACUUGGCUUCUAAACACUUCGUUCGCAACUCUUAAGUCGUCUUAUCAUUUUAUAUUUACUUUAAGAAAUAUUGUCGUUUUUAUGUUCUGAAAUAAUAGAUGAAAUAUGUAUCAUUCGACAAAUAGAAAAAUAAGACUAGGUUAUAGUCAAGUUUGCCUUGCGUUCUAUUUACUGUACGUAAGUUCACUUUAUACUUUGAUGCACACAUAGUAGAUAGUACAUUUAUAAUUUCCUUUUCGGAAGCUAAUCGGUAUGUCAUUGAAAGAAUUUGGGAGUGCGGAUAUUUCCAGUAGGCACAUUGGAGUGAGCGUAGGGCACGCCGAGCGCGGGCUCCCGGCGCGCGCCCGCAGCACUGCUGCUUGUCUGUCCUGGCGCGCCGCCCGCGGGGCCCAGCUCGGCGAGGCCUUCCUAGGUGUUUCGGUUUGAUAUGUCUUGCUAUUUGUACGUUAGGUCGUUUAAGGUAAGGUUAUCUUCGAUCGGUGAUAAGGUAUGAUCUUCUGGUGUCGUAUCACGUACAGUGACGGCCCAUCAGCAUGCGAAGGGACACUGUUCAACUCUCUCCUUUUUUUUCUUAAUGCUUACUUCGUCGAGAACGUCUGUGGGAUGAUACAUAUCAAAGAGAGGAGCUGAUGUAUCGCGGGACGGUGGUAAAAGUAAACUUAUGAACAAAACACUAGUUCUAUUUCACUCAAAUGUUUUGCUGUUUCAAACUCUGUGAUUUACUUUAUGGAUUUCUAAAUUGUAAGGUUCUAGUGGAGACUGAUAUCGCAUAGAUUAGUUUUAGCUGCGCUAGCUUCUCUAACUUUUUAAUUUUUAGAACUGGGCAUAAUUUUAAAGAAGGGAAAACAAUAAUGUAACUAUUUUUGAUAAUUUGCUUUGCUGUGGAAGUCGGGCGUCCGUUUGACGAAUUAGUCUGUACUUUAAUGGAAGUUUUUAUGAAUAAAAGUAGUUAGUUGCUCACGAGUCCGUCUGUUGGCGAAUGUUGUACUUAAUGUUGUGGCGUUUGCUUGCUGGCCCGGCCUCCACAGCGCGGCAUUGCUAAAUUCUAUUCGAGAUUCGAGAAAUUCGGGAAAUCUGUCAAUUCCAUGUAACGUUGUCACUUAACGGGGUAAUGUUUACAAACACGAAUGUUACCUCGAUCACUUUAACAUAUGCUAAGAUACCUUCUUAAUAUACUGUUUCAGAUAAAAAAGUCCCAAUAUUUGUAAAUAUUCUGUGUCCCUAAAUGAUAGUACAUGUAUGGGAUCCGUUGUGCUCUAAUCGAUAAAGAAGAAAAAUGCUUUACUUAUAUUAUUAUAUUCUUAUAAAUAUAUUAUGUAAAAACUUCAUGUAAUACUUAGUAAGUGUCUAUGGAAAUCUAAUUAUUUUUAAAGUAAUACGCAAAAUGCGCGUUAUCUUUACAUAACUGUAUGCAACCGUAAGUAAAUAUUGUCUUGUGUCGUAGAGCGAUAUAUGUACUUCAUAUACAUGUAUUAUAAUUAAAUUGAAAAAAAAAAAAACAAUAUUGUGCCUAAUAAACAACUUGAAACUCUUCAUGAUGUGUAUAUUUUAGCGAUGCUCAAGAUAUGUAUAAGCGAGUAGUGGUUAUAUAUAGAUGCUGUUGAACUCUAUAAAGUUAUAUUUAAGGUCUCUUCGGAAGCCAGACUUGCAUUUCAUAUAGAUUUCUGUUCGCGGUCCGACAUGUGCGCUGCGCUUUGCCAUACCGCUGACGACUAAUCACGGCACUUUUGUACGCUGAGGUAAUUGCUCCAGCUAUAGCCAGCACCGCAACUCACAUGUCGCUCGCACGCUAUUCUACUUCUUAUUUCCAUCGCAUUGGACAUAAAGUCGCGCACGCACAACCCACUACAUCUACCUCCUGCCGGCCUCGAACUCACGUUUCCUUUGCAUCGACAGAUGGUAUCAUAACUUGUGUUCUCGUAACCAAAUUACCUCCGUUGAUUCCGUGAAGAGAUCUCUUUAUUCUUGUAUCGAUGGCCGCUAUUUCGUUGCCUCGACUUCUAUGCCCCCUUGUUUUUAAACUUCGACCUAUUCACGUUACGCUUUUCUGGUAGCGACAACUUUCGCUUUUUUAUGGAUAUAUUUGUUUGUCUUCUGUACUCAGUCCUUUAUCUAGGACUGAGUUCCGCUUUCACUGAAUCGAUUCAUCGAGUAAAAGCAAUAUAUUUAAAUAGUGACACGAACGCUCAAAUUUUGUAGUUUUUAUGUAUACGUCUAUAUCUAUUGUAAAUUUAUAUGAUACAUUUCGGAUGCUUUAAGAAGAAACCGUUAAUUGUUUUUUGUAAAUUGAUAAUUAGAGCCGUGGUUGAACACAGACGUGGUAAAUUGUGUGUUCAAUUUUUAUCGGUGUGAAGGUGAGAUGACAAACCCCGAAUACAUUUAGCACAACAUCGAAUUUAACUUUGUAAUUUAGCGCUUCUUGUUGCGGUUCAAUAAUGUUUGGAAUUAUCAGGGUUUUGAUAUUUUGUGUUAAAUAUUAGAUUGUAUAAAGUCCCAUUUUGAAAAAAUAAUAAAAAAAUGUUAUUGUAUGCCUUCCUCGGUGUGAGCCGAUGUCCCGCGGAAUUCUAACUUUCCUGCUUCAAUCAUAGGCUUUAUUCCUUCAUAGCCUUCUUGUAAAUUUUUCAUUGAAAUUGUCGAAUUGUUUUUUAAUGUAAAUAAGUAUUGAAAACUGUUAAUAUAAAAGUCAAAUAAAGCGAUACUGUGACAAAAAUUAGAGGGUAAAAUAAACGUCUCAAAGAAAGUAAAUAUCAUAGAAGACGUAGUAGUUAUUGUAGACUAUGUAUUUAGUAGAUAUUAUAUAAUGUGAAGAAACAUGUAAUGAAUCAGUGUAAACAGCUCUUAAACAAAUCCGCAACAAUUAAUUCGUUUUAUGAUUUUUUAAAUAAAACAAAUUAAUUGUAAGACAGUUAACCUUGUGGUCUCAACAUUUUCAAUGCAGACAGACACAUUUUUGUCUAUUUUAAAAUACGGAGUGCAAUUCAAGAUAUUGUCGAAUUUUAUAUUUUCUGUGAGGUUCCACUAAAAUACCUGUAU